ACUCAUCCCAGAUUUCAUCCUUUCAGAUCUUCGGAUUCAUGUUUUUUUUUAUUGACAUUAAUAAAAAGUUUGAUAGUAUUUAUUGUGAAAUAAUAUACAAUCCUUACAACCACAAAACCUGUUUUUUUUUUCCAUUUAGAAUGCUCUCGUAAGCGUGUUUAUGGAAAAAGUAAAAUGGGGAUUCGCUCUUACGCUGCCGUCGCUGCUACUUGAUAUCCAACAAGCCUACAAUUGUGGUUGUGCAGCUUGUCGGACUCAACAGGUUCGUUGGGAAGAGUUUAGACGUCAACAAACAGACUAGUCAUCCAAACCAGAAGUGGAACUCUGCCACACCUUCCAUCAGUUGGAGUGAGGAGAGGUUGCUGCAAGAGAACUAAAGAGUCAGAGCAGAAGUCAAGAGACAGAACAGGUUAGGAUAUCCGGACCAAAAUAAAUCAACAUGUCGGGCAUCGCGGCGACCCUGCAGCACAAGCGCGAUCUGAAGUCCGGAAUCGGGACUUCAAGCAAGGCGGUCCGGUACCUGGGCCAGGACUAUGACACUCUGCGGGAAGAGUGGUUGGGUUACGGCAGGCUGUUCGAGGACGAGACUUUCCCUGCCACCUACUCCGCUCUGGGCUUCAAAGAUCUGGGACCAAGCUCACCCAAAGUCCGCGGUGUUACCUGGAUGAGACCAACGGAGCUGACCUCCAAUCCCCAGUUCAUUGUACAGGAAGCGACCAGGACAGACAUCUGUCAGGGAGGACUAGGUGACUGCUGGUUACUGGCCGCCAUCGCCUCGCUGACACUGAACAAGGAGGUUCUGGCGAGGGUCGUUCCUCACGGACAGAGCUUCGAGGACGGAGAAUACGCCGGAAUAUUCCACUUCCAGUUCUGGCAGUACGGCGAGUGGGUGGACGUUGUCAUUGACGACCGCCUGCCAGUCAAAGAUGGAGAGUUGCUAUUCGUCCAUUCUGCUGAGGGGCGGGAGUUCUGGAGCGCUCUGUUGGAGAAGGCCUACGCCAAGGUGAAUGGCUGCUAUGAGGCCCUCUCUGGGGGCUCCACCACUGAGGGCUUUGAGGACUUCACCGGCGGCAUCGCAGAGGUCCAUGAGCUGCUCAAGCCCAGCCCCAACCUCUUCCACAUCAUCCAGAAGGCCCUGCGCAGGGGCUCGCUCAUGGGCUGCUCCAUCGACAUUACCAGCUCAUCUGACUCUGAGGCUGUGACGUCCCAGAAGCUGGUGAAAGGCCACGCCUACUCACUGACUGGAGCGGAGCAGGUGGAGUACCGUGGUGACAUGGAGAAGCUGGUCCGGAUCAGGAACCCCUGGGGUCAAGUGGAGUGGACCGGGAACUGGAGCGACAAUUCCAUGCAGUGGCGUCAGAUCAACGAUGACGACCGCGAACGACUCAUGAGUCAUCGCGCCGAGGAUGGCGAGUUCUGGAUGUCCUUCACAGACUUUCUGCGCCACUACUCAAGGCUGGAGAUCUGUAACCUGACUCCUGAUGCGCUCUCUGAUGACUCCAUCACCAAGUGGGCUCUGUCCAUGUACAACGGCAACUGGAGGAGAGGCUCUACUGCAGGAGGCUGCCGCAACUACCCCCACACCUUCUGGACAAACCCCCAGUUUGUGAUCAAGCUGGAUGAGGAGGAUGACGACCCCGAGGACGGAGAGGAGGGCUGCAGUAUGGUGGUCGGGCUGAUCCAGAAGAACCGUAGGAAGUUGAGGAAGGUUGGAGAAGACAUGCAUACCAUGGGCUUCGCCAUCUAUGAGGUUCCUGAGGAGUUCUCCGGCCAGAGGAACAUUCAUCUGAACAAGAACUUCUUCCUGCGUCACGCGGCGGCGGCGCGCUCCGAGUCCUUUGUCAACCUGCGGGAGGUGUGCACCCGCUUCCUGAUGCCCCCCGGGGAGUACCUGAUCCUCCCCUCCACCUUCGAACCCAACCAGAACGGAGACUUCUGUGUCCGGGUGUUCUCGGAGAAGCAGGUCGAGUUCCAAGAGCUGGACGACCCGGUGGAAUGCAACGUGAAACAGGUGGACAUUGAUGAAGAUGAUGUUGGAGAACGCUUCAGAUCUCUGUUUGGACAACUAGCAGGAGAGGACAGCGAGAUCUCUGCCUUUGAGCUGAAGAAAAUCCUCAAUAGAGUGGUGACCCAACGUUCGGACAUCAAGACCAGCGGCUUCAGUUUGGAUACCUGUCGCAACAUGGUCAACCUUCUAGACAAAGACGGCAGCGGUCGCCUUGGUCUGGUGGAGUUCAAGAUUCUGUGGACCAAGAUUGAGAACCUCCUGAAUAUCUACCGGGAGAAGGACGUGGAUAAGUCUGGCUGCAUGAGCUCCACCGAGAUGAGAAUGGCGGUGGAAGAAGCAGGCUUCCGUCUGGACAACUCUCUGAACCAGAUCCUGGUGGCUCGCUACAGUGAUUCGGACCUCACCGUGGACUUUGAUAACUUUGUGUCCUGCCUGGUUCGCCUGGAGAGCAUGUUCAAAACAUUCAACGCCAUUGAAAAUGACGGCUCGGGAAAUGUGGAACUGAAUCUUAUAGAGGUACAUCAGAUUAUAUCAAUACUAGAUAAAUUGAUCACGAUCAAUCCGUCAAUAGAAUGCUCACUCCGGAGGUGA